UUGAUUUAAUUCAGGUGCAACAGGUUUUCGUUUUAGGUUUCACAUAACUUUCCACAGGUUGAGAACUGGAAUUGACUUGACUGGAAACUUGACUAACUUUCAAGCUGAUGAGUGAAUUUUAGAGAGUAAGCGUAAUUCAACUGAUCAAAUUUACUGGAAAUAUUAAGGUGUAAUUUGGAUAAAACAUAGAAAUGACUUCUGAAAAAGUGGAAUAUGAGAAAGGUGGAUGGGUCAAGACUGGACGUUAUUUAAUGUACGUCUUCAAUGCCAUCUUCUUUGUUUUCGGAUCGAUUUUGUUCGCUUUCUGCUUGUGGAUCCGUUUUGACCCGAAUAUCGACAACUAUGUACGCAAUAUCAACUUCAUGGUAUACUGGCAAGCCGUGAUCACUUGCAUGGUCGGGGCUCUCAUCGUCAUGAUCGCGAGCUGUAUUGGCUGCUGCAGCACUUACCUCUGGAGCAAAACUCUCCUCAUAGCGUACAUCGCGACGAGCGUCCUGGCCUUCAGUGUCAACCUAGGAGGAGCCAUUUACCUGUUGUCCAUCGGCCUGGACAGCACCGGAGCCUACCAGUACAUCCAAGAAAACUUCGCCAACUUGAUCUACCGCUACAACUAUGACAUCACCGCCAAGCGAUCUGUGGACAUCAUUCAGGAGACGAUUCACUGUUGCGGGGGAUAUUCAACAGGAGACUGGGAUGCGAUCCACAUGCCGUACCCUGACUCUUGUAGAGAUAAGGUGACAGGCAAUCAGUUCAGCUACAGCUGUGCAUUGAUGGGAGCGUCGUUCCUCGAGUUCAGGACAGGUUGGGUGAGCGGCAUCGCGCUCUGCAUUUGUUUCCUACAGAUAUUCACUAUGAUGUUCGGCUGCUGUAUUUACAAAGGCAUCAACGAUCGACGGAAAGUCUACGCCUACGUGUACAAGGAAUGAAGUCAAAAACUUGUGAUUUAUAUUAAGAAAUUUUUAGGCUUAUUUGAUUGAUAUUAAGUACUGGAUGGACUUCUGGUAUUUGUAAUAAUUUUGUAUAAAAAUAAAAUGUUUACUAAUCAUUUUAUUCAUCAUUGCACUUGAUAAUAUUGCACUAAUAUUCACCAUUGCAUUUGAUAAUUAAAAAUGAAAGCCUAAUAAAAAAAGGGUAAAAUAUUCCAGGAAUCGAUUAGGCUUCUGUGAAACCGCGACGCCUUUUGACGUCACCUGUAAAGUUUUGCUGUUCGCUAUUCCGGCAAGUUCGUCGUGGUAACACGACUCACAGUUUACUCUAAGUGCUGUAGAAAUUAUCUUAUAUUUGUACGAACCUAAACACUACGCCUCUAUUUUUAUAAUCAAACUCAAAAUUUAGCCUAUUAGUCACUAAUAGACUAAAUUUUUAGUUUGAUUAUAAAUACCUUGCACUAAUAAUUAGUGCAAGGAAUUGAAAAAUAAGAAGGCCAUUAUCUCUGUCGGUAGUAGAAAUAUCAGUGAGGACUUGGAACAUGCCGACAUGAUAAUUGCUGGAUUGAUUCUCAUGCUUGUCUACAUAACUCUCAUGUCGUACGAUUUAUUUCACACAACCUCAAUAUAAGCAACAGUAAUUGCUACGCACACGCUUGUGAAAUUUCUAAUGAUUGUUUUACGUUCAUGUCAGCAAUAAUAAUAAAAUUUCGGCUAUUAUUUGUAGUUAAUAGGUAAAAAUGUGCAAAUCCUGUUACAUUCAAAUGUCGUGACAUAUUUUUAGAAGCUUCCAUUUGUGAUGAAGAUUAUUUUUUUAUUUGUGCAAUAAUACAUUGUUUUUAUCAAAUUUUUUUAAAUUGGCAUUAAAUCUUCGUGAUCUAAAAUUAAGAGUUAAACAUUGAUAGCUAGCGUAAUUGUAAUCAAGAUUGCGUAUAAUGCACACUGAGAAGCACGGAUGCACUGAUGCAUGCUGUAUAUUGCGAUGAAUGUUGUAUAAAGUGAUGCGUCCUCUUCACUGUCUGUACAAUGUCUGUAUAAUGUGUGCGUCAGGACAUCGCGGACAAAGUUUGCACCAGUUCUGGUUAAACAAAAUAUAUGUUUUAUUGACAGGAGACCUGAGGCAAGAAUACGACCGUUACACCUUGAUUAAUUUCUAUACACGAUUAUCAUCAUAUAACAUAACAUAACAUAGUGAUGUC